GGCACAGGAAGCGGCGCGGGGGGCGCGGCUCCGCCCGGCGGGCCCGACGUCGUCGCCGCCGCCGCCGCCAUGCGCCGCUGAGGCGGGCGCCCGCGGAGCCGCGCCAUGGGGGCGCCGCCGCCGCCCAACGGCAGCCUCGGCCUCACCGGCAGCCCCCCGCGGCCCGGCGACCGCGGCUGCGAGAACGGGGCGCUCAUGGACAGCUUCGGCAUCUUCCUGCAGGGGCUCCUGGGCGUCGUGGCCUUCAGCACCCUCAUGCUAAAACGCUUCAGAGAACCAAAGCACGAAAGACGUCCUUGGAAGAUAUGGUUUUUAGAUACUUCCAAGCAAGCCAUAGGGAUGUUGUUCAUCCACUUCGCAAAUGUGUAUCUCUCAGACCUUACAGAAGAAGACCCUUGUUCACUGUACCUUAUAAACUUCUUGUUAGAUGCCACGUUAGGAAUGCUGUUAAUCUACGCUGGGAUACGGGCAGUCAGCAGCAUUGUGGAAUGGCAGCAGUGGGAGUCCCUUCGCUUUGGGGAAUAUGGUGACCCAGUGCAGUGCAGUGCUUGGGUGGGCCAGUGUGCUCUGUACAUAAUGAUCAUGACAUUUGAGAAAACUGUCAUCAUUAUAGUGCUUCUGAUACCUCAGUGGAAAGAGGUAGCUUUAUUGAAUCCUAUAGAGAAUCCCCAGUUGGAGCUGGCUAUCGUCAUGCUGAUAGUUCCCUUCUUUGUUAAUGCAUUAAUGUUCUGGGUAGUAGAUAACUUUCUUAUGAAGAAAGGGAAAACAAAAGCUAAACUUGAAGAAAAAGAAGCAGGACAAGAUUCAAGAAAUGGAAGUAAAGUCCGAUACAGAAGAGCAGCAUCACACGAAGAAUCAGAGUCAGAAAUCCUCAUUUCGGCAGAUGACGAGAUGGAGGAAUCGGAUGCUGAAGAGGACCUACGCAGAUUGACCAACUUAAAGCCCAUUAAGAAAAAGAAGCAUCGUUUUGGUCUGCCUGUAUGACGCAUUCCCUGACCUGUGUAUUUGCAGGUGUCAUGGCAAAAACUUCUCAGUCAGUGGGUUUUAAUGUUGCAAUUGCAUCUCCCUUUUCAUACAGACUGACUCAAAAACAAGGUCUACCAACAGAAUGCAAACAGUUGGAAGACUUCCAGUUCAGUUGCACUACAGACACACUGACCAAUUAUGCAAGAAUGUCUUUUCAUCAUGUGUGAAAACACAGUGUUGUUGAGGACUAGUCACUAAAGUGAUUUGUAUCUGACAUUUCAGAGAAGAUCAUAGAAAACAGAUACAGGAAUCUUUCAUUUGUGGUUUCUGAAUGAUGCAGUUUAAGAUGUUCUCAAAAAAGGCAUCAGAAUCAACUAAGUUAAAGGAGUAUGUUUUGCUACUAAAACUGGCUUUUUCAGCAUAAUUCCUAGAGCAGAAUAGUUUAUGGUUACAAGCUGUAACUUAAUGUUAUUUUUUUAAGUACGAAAUGUUUACUUGCUACAAGGUACCUAUGGAACUAAUAGGUGGAACAAAGAUUUUUUUCCAGGUCUCCUCAAACCUAUUUGACUAUUUUAUAUUUAAGUUAUAUUUUCAUACAGUUGUAUUUAAAGAUUCUCUUUGUCAGAGAAAAGGAUGCGGUGCCCUUUUUUUGUGCAGAAAAGGUCAAAAGAUUUGUCAUGAGAAUCUUAUUUAUCCUUGUCUCCCGGUUUAAGACAAAGGGAUUGCAAAGGGAAGAGCUCUCUGUCACUGCUGAAGUCACCAAAUAUCACUAAAAAUGCAGUCCUAAGUGUGGUUUUGAACACAUAAUUUAAAAAUACCUUUUUAAAUAGGAGGUGUUAUUUGCAUAUUUGACAAACGUGCACUUUAGCGUAUAACAAAGCGUCUGUUGCGAUAGGUUGCUUAUGUGUGAAAUGGGUAUCUAGGGAUGGCUUCAGUUAUUUAUGUUUCUUAAGAACCUGCAAGUCUCUCGUGCAUACCUCUCAAAUAAUCCAAAAGAGAUGGAGCAUUUCUUCUACUUUUCCUUAUGUAGGGCCUGCCGUACUGGACUUUUAUCCGACCGGAGUAGUUGGGUUACAAAUUGCAAAUAAUUCUGUCCCUGCUUGUUCUUUGUUGAAACAGCAAUCUUCUGUUUAAUGUGCUUUUUUUUCCCACCCCCAAAAGAUUGUAUUUCUCACGUUUAGUUUCCUUACAGUCUGAUUAUCACUUAGUAUUAAAAAAACUGAGAGGUAUAAUACAGUUGUUACUGCGCCUGCUGCAGAAUUUCUGCAGCUUUCAGUCUCUUUCUUCGAUAAUUGAAAACAUGCUGAUCUUAAACCUUGCAGACAUGUUUUUGGUGGCAUCCUUUUGAUUUGCGUAUUUUCUAAACAGUGGUUACUCUUUCUGACAGCUUUCCUUGCUUAGUUAAACCUUGUGUAGGACAAGGCAACGUGUCGAAGAGGUGUCAACAGAAAUGAAUUGCAAGUCUGUUGUAGUGUCUGGACAUCAGAAAUGUUCCAAGCCUUAAACCAAACAGUUUCAUGAGAAAACUGCUCAGAACUUUUUAAGAUUUUUUACAUUUUUAUAGAUUUACUAGGUCUUAAUGUGGUAUAUUAUCCAGACCACUUAAAAGGGGUUCUUGGGCCUUAGUAAAUAUUGAACUGUGCGCUCCCUUGCUUGUUUUCGCUAUUCCAGCAUUCCUGUUCACCGUGUGGCCACUGGGGCGAGGAAAAUGCUCUGAGACUUCAGGUGCACCUCGGUGUGUCCAGCCGACUGCAAGGGACGUUUCACCAAAUCUAACGUUUGAGAGUUUAGUUGAGCCACUGACCUCUGUUACUGUGCACUGAAACAUAAUAACUGCAAUAAGCUUAAAUACUAGCGUUUCUUUUAGACUAAAUCUAGAAACUAAUGACGACGGAUGCUUAAUUGAGUUAUUCUGAAAUGGGGAGCGGAGGGGGGGGGGGAUGGGGAAAAUGUCCCUAAUCAGUGUUGCCUCUGUUUUAGGCAUUUUAGGGUUUUUUUCAUCAAUUGUAUGACUUGCAUCUUAAGUAUUUACCAUCGGGCAGGCUCGUAUCUCCGAAAGCACAGUACUUCAAGGAAUUCAUUUCUAUUAACGGAAUAGUCUCAUACAGCUCACCGGUCCAAAGGGAUUUAAGAGCCAGGACUUGCUCUUGUCGCAAAUGGCAGUGUUUAUUUUUUUAGCAUAGGAUUUGUUCUAUUUCAGAUAGCGAAAUCAAACUAACACGUGCUGCAUGCCACCGCACAGCCACUACCCUCCACGUCCACCACCAGAGGUAACUGAGCAGCGCACACAAAUUUAACUGCACAAGCUUUCCUUUUGUAUCUUCCUUUUCCCUCCUCUUCUCUGGUUACUUAAGUUAUGAAAAUGAUUUCUAUUUCUAGCCUCAUGUUUAGUCUGUGAAAUGUCAGUAUAAAAUUAUGGCCUUAAUCACGUAAAAUAUUUGUUUUGAGCAGACCUCAGACUCACUGACCAAGUGCAAAACAGUAGAAAGCACUAUGGAGCAGUUUCUUGAAGAUGGUUAUAGCAAAGUUGUAAGAAUGCCUAGUUUUUCCUGUUUUAAGUGCUUAAAUAUCACUUGACUUGAGAUUUCAACCUAGCAAAAUGACAUAGUAAAAGCACUAUGAGCCGAAAAGACAGAAGUACUCUGAAUACCGCAGUAAUAACAGGAGGAGCAUAUCUCCACAGGGGAAUAAACAACUCUUUCUCUUCUAAGAUAAAAAUAUUUUUUUCAGCUUUAACCAAAUAACAAAAAACUGUUGGUUUUUUUUCUAUUCAGGUUUUGUUCUUAUGUGAAAAAGACGUGGAAAAUGUAAAAUUGGCAGGUUAGAAGUCGGAUAUGGGAUGAAUAGCAGAACUCUUGUAGGAGGUACAAGGCUGCAUGCUUAUGUCUGAAGAGCUUGUAUGUCGGAAAAGGAAAUACAUGCCUAGUGCUUUACUAUGUCUACUGCUCAACGACAGGUAUUGGCAGUACAGCCUGAAAUAAUUCUUUUCAUAAAGGGUUGAUCUGGUGGUAAUAUUACAACAUGCUGACGUUUGUGUUAUCCUCACGUUGGCACUCUAAGGUAACGACUGGUAAAUGUACUUCAAGACAGCUUGUUUUAAUUCAGGCUGUGCUUAAAAAAAAAAGUGAUUCUGUUGUUUAUUUAAUGAAAAUAAGCUAUGUAGUGUACCCCAAAGUAAGAGAAAGGGAUUGCAACGUACUGAAGAGAUACAGAAAUAUUAGUGAAGAUCAAAUUUACCAUGAACAGUCAACCUACAUGUUUUAACUGGUUCUAGUAUCUGGCCUGUGACACAUCUGCAUAACUUUAAAAACACCAGUGUUGUCUAAUAUGUGUUUUUCAAGUUCAAGCUUUAAUACAUUGAAGUCCCCUUGUCUUACUUUAAGUAGGUAAAAUGCUGUAUAUUAACGUUACUAACUAAAAUGUACGAUAGCUUUUCUUCAGGGAAAACUCACAUUGAGUUGCAAAUUAGAGCAAUGCAAAAUGUAUGCGAUACCCUCCGGCAGGUGUCUGCGCCUGGCGAGGGAGGAGCGGUCCCUACUAGCACCCGUUCCGCCGAGAGCUCAGCAUCGCGAGGAACUUGUGCCGCUGUGCUCCACUAACCCGUGUUUGCAACUUUGCUGUGCUUUUUUUCUUUUUUUUCAGGAGAAAACAGUAAUGAAAGUGAACAAAUUCAGCCACAUCAGGUCAGAGUUGGAUCUACAGCAUAGGUGUGCAGACUUUUUUUUAGGUAUCUCAAGUUUCCAGUUCAAUUACUGAAAAUGACUACUAUGGUUUUACAAAGUAAAACUGCAGUAUCUUUAAAAAAGGGACUCUUUUGUAGGUGUUUUUGUCUUGCGUGGGUAUCCGUCUCAAACUGAAUGUUGGGUUUGUUUGUAAGUGAAUUCAGAGUAGAGCCUGUGUGAGCAAAACCAACAGCUGUGUUCUGCUGCCCUUUGUUUGGACCAUCCUGUUUAAUCAGUGGUGUUACCUUAAACUUCUAAGGGUAUCUGAUGUAAUUACAUUGUACAAUGGUUUACAAUAAAGUUUGACUUAUUACAGAUUCGUA